GAUAAUUCUAGCAUCAAUGUCGGUGAUGCAUCGUCGUUGAAUCUUUCUUCUUUAAAUCUUCGAGAGGACGAUUCUUCAAAUCUUGAAUCUAAUGUAUCCAAAAUAGUGAAUCCUAUUAUUAAUUAUAUUGCUGAUCUCAAAUCUGAUUUACACGCCGAAAUGGAAAAACUUCAUUAUCGUGUGGACCCAAAGCUCCUUAGUUCUAUGAAGGGAUCAUCAGAUGAUUGGCAACCAGCAGAAUUUGAAAAGGCUCAAGAUCAAAACCGAUAUGAUGCAGUUAUUACUGCCGGAAAAUUAUUAGAUCUUGUCUUGACCUUAUUUCUUCCCAAUGAAGCUAAUGAUCAUAUCUCUCAAGCCCGUCAUAUUCUUUGGGAAAAAGCAUUAUUGUAUCGUCUUACUUCUUCUACAGAGUCUUCGUCGUCUUCUGCACCUUCUCGUUCUUUUGAACCUUCUCGUUCUUUUGAACCAGGAACUUCGACGGAUGCUGCUAUUGAAUCUGUUAAUAAGGUCAUCGAUAAAAAUAAUGUAGAACAAACUACUUCAGGACAAUACAUUUCAAGACAAGAAGAUACUCUUGCGAAUCAAGUAUUGCCAAAUGAUGUAAGAGCUGAAAAUUUACCUGAUUCGGCUAAAACUGAAGAAACCGGUGAUCAAUCACCAGCCGCAAAUGGAACGACAAAAUCGCGCCGUUUGUCAAAUCAAAAUCGUAGAUCUAACAGGGCGAGACGUAGGUCAACUAGCGUACAAAUUGAAAAUGCAAGUGGUAGUGGUAGUGGGACAAAAUCUGCGCAAGAAUCAUCAUCCUAUCGUGAUUCUGAACGACAAGAAGAUAUUCAGUCACUUCGCCUUUCAACAAGUCCAGAGGCACC